GAACGCCAACAUGCAUAUGCCCGAAGCACAUGCUGGGGCCAAAAAUGCGGCACUGUCCCAACCUCGAGCUUGCAAUGGUUUCCGGCCAAGCCCCGCGGCAUGAUACGCAAGGGUAGGGCGUUCCAGAGGCUGAGAGAAGAGAGAUCGAGCUGCUCAGUAUAGAAAGGUCGCUUAUUGCAGAUUGUGAGGUGAGUUCGCUAAGGUCUGUCUGUCUACGCAUAUUACUCCAGGACGAAAUCAGACCAAGUUGUGAGCUUCGUCAUUCGGACCUUGAAAAUGUCGAUAUAUUGUUGUCUAUCAGUGAUUACAUGGGCUCUCAGCCUGAUUGCUACCUCUGCGUCGCCAACCUCAGACCUCACAUUCAGCAGCUACAAUGAUGCCGGCCUGACGGAGGCCGACACGCUGCGGAUUCUACGUCGCACCCUGUCUGCAACCGGGACAGAAGACACAGUCAACCUUUUCGAUGAGACCCUCGACAAAAGCUGGGAUGGAGCAGUAUUGUUUUCCAUCACCCUGGAGACCGAAGAGGACGUAUCGAGUAAUAGCUCCCUCGACACCACAUACAGUGUCCAGAUUGUUUGUUCCACCUGCUACAUCACCGGCAGGGUUAGCGGACAGCUCACUCGAAAUGCCGACUUCAACGUCACCGAGCUCGAGGACAGUGCCAUAGACUUGGUCAAGAACAUUACCGAGGAAGCGGGACAGGCCUUGUCGGAUCUGGCGGACGGCAACGCAAACUAUACAGAGAUCGAUUUCAACGUCGAGCUCCCCAGCUUUCCGGAUUUUGACUAUCGCUUGCAGUUCAGCUUCGAGAACCUGGAGCUCUACAUGCAGCUUGACACCAUCCUCUCUGUCAAAUCCACCUACACCGUCAAUCUAUACACCUCAGAAAGCCCAGUGGGUGUCAGUCUGGGCGAUAACCUGGAGAUCGGUGCGUUCUUCAAGGUGGAUCUGAUCCUGACUGCUGCGGCCGAGGUAGAUAUCAGCAGCGGAGUGCAUAUCAAGGUCGAUGGAGCCGGCAUCAAUCUGCAAAUGUUUAACCAAAGCAUCGACAGCAUAACACUCGAUGGCGGAAAGUUUGAAUUCCUACCAGUGAACGUCGAGGGUGCUGGCUUUGUGCUCACAGGCGCGCUCCGGGUUGGUCUGCACGCCGGCAUCACGUUUGACAUCGACUCGUCCGUCACGAUCGCGAACCACACGCUCGGCGCCUCGGCCGGCUUGGAAGCGGGUGUCUUUGCCAACAUUGCCGAGUUCGUGGCCAAUGUCACGUACGCCAGCGGCAGCGACGACUGCGAGCUGGCCAUCGUCGAGUCCUUCACCAUGGGUCUCGGCGCGGCGGCUGGAGCGUCGGCCGCGUUCGACCAGACCACAUGGGGGCCAACGCCCGAAACGGACAUUCCCAUCUGGUACACCGAACUGGGCUCUGCGUGCGCGGCCCAUCGGAGCUCGACGACCACGACCACGACAACAGGUACAACAUCUGCGCUCGUAACGGCGAGAGACGCGACGAGUGACCUGUCCCUCACGCUGGCGACGGUGACCACCGAAACGACUUCGUCUGGAGUGGCUUGCAUAUCGCCCGGCUUGAUCAACUGCCCCGUCUCCCUGCAGACCACGAAGACAUUCACCGCGACUCUCACCUCGACCACCUCGGUCCCGUCUGGUUCGGAGGCGACGUGGCCCGCAUCGACGACCCAGACGCCGGUCAAGACCGUGGCAUUCGGCUCCAACGCCAAAGCCUUGUCCGCGACGACGGGUAGCCCGGUCUCUUACGUGCCGCCGCCUCCGCCACCACCAUCGUCUUCGUCUUCGACAUCGUCCACAGCUUCCGGCGCGACCGCUACAGGAAGCCACGGGGGUCACGACGACCACAAGCCACUAAUCAUAGGGCUAUCUGUUGGGCUGGGCGUUCCCGCCCUAGCCAUCAUUGUCGGGGCGGCGGUUUACUUUCUCAGGCGCUGGCACAGGUAUACGCCCGUGCAAAAGGCAGAGGCCGAGAGUCACGUCACGGAAGAGCUACAGCCGGCUUCGCAGCAUGAACAGCAGGUGAUGCUCAAGAGGAUGACGACUGUAGAAGUGGUGGACGAGGCCGAUUGAGUGAUUGGGUGAGGAAACUCAAUGGUGAACGCAUACGUGGUUCCCUGAAUCUGUCCCCCAACAGGGACGCCUUUUGUAUGAUCUUUUAUAAUACUGUACAAUAUAUUGUGCGAAUACCUG